UUAUAUUCUUCUUUAUUUUACAUUGCAUAGAACCAGUUCGAUCUAAAACUGUCAAAUUAUUUUAUAUGUAAAAUGUAUUUUAAGUUGACUUCAAAAUACAUCAACACACAAAUUAGAAAUUAUGUAAGAAAUUUAAGCCUUUCAUCACAUUUGAACAGGCUUAUCACCAUAAAAAGCAAUGAUGAGUUUUUAAAUAAGGUAAUGAACUCUGAAAACCCUGUCAUUGUAAACUUUCAUGCCGAAUGGUGUGAACCAUGCCAUAUUUUAACUCCAAAAAUGAUGGAACUAGUGCAGCAUCAUGACAGUAUUGAUUUGGCAGUUGUAGAUGUUGAACAUCAUGCUGAAUUGGUUCACACUUUUGAGGUAAAAGCUGUGCCAGCUGUAAUAGCUGUAAAAAAUGGAGUGGUUGUUGAUAAAUUUAUUGGACUUGUUAAUAGUGACAUGAUAGAAAAUCUUAUAAAUAAAUUAGAUAAGAAAAAUACGUGAAAUAUGUAAUAAUAUAAUCAAUGUAGUUUACAGCCGCAAAAUAAAUUAUUUUAACUGGCA